GCGGGGGUGGGGUUGAGUGAACUGGGGGGCUUGGAAACCGAUCCGCUCCGGAGCUCUCUUAUAUCAUACUGCCUACACACACUGUUCCGUUCCGUGCGGGCGAGCAGAGUAGGUACGAGAACGGCGCCGAUGCUCUUCACUCAUAUCCAAAACCAACGUUGCGCGCUUGUAGGACUACCACUGGAGAUCUGACAAACUAUUGACAAAGACAUCCAACACAAACUCACCCGGAGAGAGACGAAUCAGCUGAGAUUUGUUUUCAAACUCUCCACCGAUGGCGGCGUGACAGGUCUGCUAUACGCGCAAGGGGAGGCACACGGUUCCUGGAUUUGGACUGUUUCACGCGUCUCUCCCUGUCUGGAAUCGGUGUUAAUUGUCGCGUUGGGAGUUCGGCUCAGUCAUGGAUACCUACAGCUCUUUUACCACUCUACUUUUACUUCUGGCUUCGUUAAAUAGUGUCUCUGCAGGGCCGUUCCCGUCACCACCUCAGAUACAGGAAUGGGUGGAGGAGAUGCAGAAGGAUCUGAUCACACUGACGGACAUGGCCAGUGGAGUACAGGACCUCAUACAGAUCUUCCAGAAUUACAGGAACUACUACCGUGUGGAGUACAACGAUGCAAAUGGCCUGGUAGCUAACGCAGCAAAAAACAUAGAGAAGCUCCUAGAAAAACGCUCUGAGGCUCUCAAGAAACUGGCAUCGGCUGCAGAGGAAUUUCAGAUGCAGCAUCAUUGGAAGAAUGACCUUGAACCGGAAGACAUUCAUUAUUACUAUGCCAAAGAAAACCUGGACCUAAAUUAUACAGACAAGAGGAAAGCAAACCGUCUCUAUCCGGAGUUUAAGGAAGACGAACAAUUUAGACGACUCAUCUCCUACAACACCACGGCAGUGCACAUACCUACGGACAUAUAUGAGGGCUCCACCAUCAUGCUGAAUGAGCUCAACUGGACGGACGCUUUAGAGGAUGUGUUCAGGAAGAACAAGGAAGAGGAUCCCAGUCUCCUCUGGCAGGUGUUCGGCAGCGCCACGGGAUUGGCCCGCUACUUCCCAGCCUCCCCUUGGAUGGACUCCCAAAAAGUUCCCAAAAAGCUCGACCUCUACGAUGUUCGCCGGCGACCGUGGUACAUCCAGGGGGCCGCGUCGCCUAAGGACAUGCUGAUCCUAGUGGAUGCGAGUGGCAGUGUCUCUGGGCUCACCCACAACCUCAUCCGCAACUCUGUCAACGAAAUGCUGGAGACCUUGUCGGACGAUGACUAUGUCAAUGUGGUCUUUUUCAAUAAGACGGCGGGUAAUGUGGCCUGCUUUGAAAACCUGGUCCAGGCCAAUGUAAGGAACAAGAAGUACCUAAAGGAAGCUGUGGACCAUAAUAUUUUUGCCCAGAGCACUACAAACUACAAGGAAGGCUUCGAGUUGGCCUUCAAGCAACUGUCAACGGUCAACGUGACCGAGGGCAGGGCGUUCUGUAACAAGAUCAUUAUGCUGUUCACGGAUGGAGGAGAGGAGCGAGCACAGGAAAUCUUCCAGAAAUAUAACUCCAAGAAGGAGGUACGGAUAUUCACAUUCUCAGUGGGCCAACACAACUAUGACAAAGAACCAAUACAGUGGAUGGCCUGCACCAACAAAGGAUACUACUAUGAAAUUCCAUCCAUUGGUGCUAUCAGGAUCAACACUCAGGAGUACCUGGAUGUGCUGGGCAGGCCUAUGGUGAAAGCAGACAAGAAGGCCAAGGUUGUUCAAUGGACCAACGUCUACCUGGACGCACUGGAGCUGGGUCUGGUGAUCACGGGAACACUUCCAGUCUUCAACAAAACCAACACCAAGGCCGACAAAGAGAGGGGAGCCCAGAAGCCCCAAAACCAGCAAAUCCUGGGGGUGAUGGCUAUAGAUGUGUCUCUGGAUGACAUCAAAAGACUCACGCCGCGGUUUACAUUUGGACCAAACGGCUACUACUUUGCCAUCGACCCCAACGGUUAUGUCUUGCUGCAUCCCAACCUCUGCCCAAAGAAUCCUAAUAUCCAGGAGCCAGUUACUUUGGACUUCUUGGAUGCUGAGCUGGAAAAUGAUGUUAAAGUAGAGAUAAGAACAAACAUGAUUAAUGGAGAAACCAGCAACCGCACAGUACACACACUAGUGAAGUCCCAGGAUGAGCGUUACAUAGACAGAGGCCAACGGUUGUACACAUAUACACCUGUUGUGGGUACAGACUACAGCCUAGCCUUGGUCCUUCCACACUACAGUCUACAUUACAUCCAUGCAACCAUCGGAGACACCAUCACUCAGGCCAAAUUGGACAUGGUCUCUGAAAGCCUGCAGGCAGACAUGUUUAAGGAGUAUGGAUACACUCUAAUUGCACCAAGGGAGUACUGUAAGGACUUGAAGCCAUCGAAAAACAACACAGAGUUCCUGAUGGAUUUCAACAAGUACAUUGACAGGAAGACUCCCAACGACCCCCUGUGUAAUGUGGACCUGGUGAACAGAUUGUUGCUAGAUGCUGGGAUCACGGCAGAACUCGUCAAGAAGAGUAAAGAUCCUAUGCCAAAUGGAGUCCUGGCUGGGUUUGUAGCUACUGAUGGAGGAAUCACUCGCAUUUAUCCUGAAAGUGCUGGACUCGACUGGACCGAGGACCCAGAGACAUAUGAGUCAGGCUUCUAUAAGAGAAGCUUGGACAAUGACCUCUACAUCUUCACACCAACGUCCUACCAGGAGGACAACAACAGUACUGAGCAAUCGGUCCUGGUUAGCAGAGCAGUGAACCUGGAAAUAGAGGGAGUCACACUCAAACCUGCAGUUGUGGGCGUGAAACUGGACAUCGAUGCCUGGAUGAACAGCUUCAUCAAUGCCACGUUGAAGAUGAACUGCAAAGACGAGAUUUGUGGCUGUCGGAAAAACGAUAAGUAUGUGAACUGUGUUCUCCUGGAUGACGGGGGGUUCCUGGUCAUGGCCAAUCAGGACGAAUACAUCAGUCAGAUCGGCCGCUUUUUUGGGGUGAUUGACCCCAGCCUUAUGAAGAAACUGGUCGACAUGUCUCUGUUCACGCUCAAGAAGACAUACGACUACCAGUCAGUCUGCGAUCCCAAAAGCAAGAACAAGGAGUCCGCGGCAGGUCUACGCUCAGUCUAUGUGCCCACUAUUGCAGACAUUUUGAAUGUUGGAUGGUUGGCAUCAGCAGCAGCCUGGUCGUUACUGCAGCAGUUGUUGGUUAGCUUUACGUUCCCAAAUGUCCUGCACGCAGCCGACAUUGAAGUUGAGAUACCCGACAAGGAGAGCUGUAUUACAGAGCAGACUCAAUACUUUUUUGACAACGACAACAAGUCCUUCAGUGGAACGCUCGAGUGUGAAAACUGCUCCAGGCUUUUUCAUGCUGAGAAACUGGGGAAGACCAACCUGGUGUUCAUCAUUGUCGAUAACAAGCUCUCCUGCUUGUCUUGUGAUGACGAGCCCCUGACACAGGCUGAGCAGGAAUCUUCAGGACCAGACCCAUGUGAGUUGGCUAAAAAACCAAGGUACCGGAAAGGUCCAAAACUGUGUUUCGACAACAACACUGGGGAGGAUGAAUAUGACUGUGGCGGGGCGUCCGCUCUGAGGCCCUCCGUUUUGGCCUUGGUGCUGCUCCAACUAGCCCUACUCUGGCUCCUGACCGGUUCGACGCAUCACACCAUCCCCUCGUGACCUCUGAUGAUUCCACUUGCCCCCCCAGUGACUAGCAUGCAAUGGCAAUUCAAGACGCCCAUCGCCAAAAGAAAUCCUGACGGUUCAUCUUUUUUGAUAAUUGCCUUUUUCAAGGAAUUUUGUUAAAUGUCUUUACCUGGGGGAAGGUGAAAUUGAAGAAGGUGAACCUCAGCCAGAUGUUUAAAGAACGAUGAGCGAGAACUCACCCCUGACCCUUGACUUCUCCCUGCCAACCAUCUGAGCUGAGGGGGAUUGCAGUAAUUAUUCAUUGGUGAACUUCGACCUUUGUUUGGCUCGAUGACAACAACCCUCUGAAGGCUACAGGUUGGACUACCUUACAGUGCCAGGGAGAAAGUGGAUGGACUGCUUUUUGCUUUAGGUUAUUUUCGGGAUUUGUGAUUUGCACUUUGAAAGAGAACGCCAUCGAUUUAUAUUUAACACUGUAAGAUACAGUGCUGCCCUCCACAACCAUACUGUUGUGUUCUUCACAAAUUAUUAUUUUCAAAGUGUUUUGCGGUGGCUUGUUACUUAGUUUUUGAAAUGUGUUUAUUUUAGUUGAGGUUGUAUUAAAAAACUGAAAUUUUUGUAAGGAAGAACAGUUUUUUUACAGGUGUGUUGUUGGAAUUACUCUGCUUGUUUCAACCUCCUUUAAAAAAGUAGCAUUAUUCAACAGUCCUCAGUGAAAGGUGACUGAAGGAUUGAUAGUUAUGCAACGCCUAUAUUUUCUCACUGCUGUCAUUCAUCAAUGUUAUGUGAACAAAUUAACCAUUUUAAUCUCCACUCAUGAUGGAUAUAUUCAAUUCUGUUUGCGGUGAACUGCUCUCCCCUAACCCUGAAAACAACAUUUCACGUCAGGUCCUACCGUCUUGUUGUCCUGCCUAUCUGAUCUUACUGUUGUUGCCAAAAUUUUCAGCUGACAAUCAGUGCCCUGGCCUCUAGUGGGCGCUCACUGGUCAAAUCUUUAGUGCCAUGUUAUUUGAGCCGGACAACCCCUUUUGCGCUAUGUGCUUUACUGUGUGGCAACUGACAAGGGCAUCACUCACGCUCUGUGUGAUCUUUCUUUUAUUGCCCGUUGUUUUUUUUGUUUUUUUUUGUUUUGUUUAUUGAUUUCAAUGGAUCAUAGCAUUGGAUAUACAAUAAAAUGAACUAGGAGGGACGUAGAAAAUGUAGGCUGUGAUACAUGAUAGUAUAUUUGUGCUACUGUGUCUGUUAUUUAUUUGAAGGCUUUUGCAUACAAUACUCAUUCUUCAGGGAAUUUCCCCUUGAAAUAGAAAUCACAUCAAGAUUUAGUGAGAAAUCUAAAGAAAUCUCUCCACUCUUAAUUCAUUCAUAUCUAUUUGGAUAUCAGUCCUGUUGUUAGUUAUUCAUUUUGGUGUGCCUUGGGGUUGUUUCUAAAUAACUACAUGAACCAGAAUUGUUCAGACAUAUAUACAAUAUGUAGUGUCUAGUCGUUUUUCAUCAUCCAGAGACUGAAUCCGGAAUAUUGUCUGUCUGAGAGCAUUACACUAUGAUCUACAUCUGCUAACUCAUUCCUCUAUAACAACAGCUGGGUUAAAUCAUGAAAUUAGUCCUUUUUGAUAUUUUAAGUAGAGAUUGUGCCCCAAGGUUCAUUUUUAAAAUUGUGUGGAAUUAAAUUAAGUGCCCUUUAACUUAUAGCCCUAUAUACAAUAUAUACCUUUUCUAUAUAUGAAUAAAAUCUGCUUAAGUUCUCAACACCGUCAUAUUGUAUUGCAUUGCGAAAGUAGUUCCUAAAUGUUGUUUAUUUGAUUUUAUCAGUUUUUCAUUUUAAGCUUAAAGAACUGUCCCUUAUUACAGUGUAACAUAUACUGUUAUUCUGGUUUUAUUAUGGUGAAACCAUGUUAUUGACAAAUCAUUUUGUAAAAGCAGUUAAGCUGGUUCUACAGUUUUUUACAAAAUGUUCUGGUGUUUUAUGUUGGAAAACGGAGUGGGUAAAGUAUAAUCAAGUCAACACUGUAACGAUAAAUACACGGACUAGUAAUUAAAAAAUUUGGAAAGCUUGCAUUCGAUUGGCCUCCUCUGUGGCAACUAACCAUCCUCCGUUCCUACUUAAAGUUAACCCAUUUUUGCAUGUGGCCUUAUUUUCACACUUUUUUUGUACAAAACUGUAAUAACCUGUUAGAAUAUGCUCAAACCAAUCCAAGCCAAUAGAAUCACAUUAGGUCCAUCUACAUUGAUUACACAUUUUUCUUUCAAGUGACAUUACCAAAUAGAUUCCUAUUUUGUGGAUCCCUCCCCCGCCAAUAAAAUUAAUGCCAUAACUACAGAAGGAAACUAAAUCAUGUGAUGUUCUAUUGCACUAUAAAGCAGGGCUCUUCAACUCCAGUCCAGAAGAGUCAAAUUUGGUCUGAACUGAUGUUCGAUGUCACAAAACAGAAAUGUUUUGGCGCUCCAGGUGCAAUAUUAAAUAGUCCCCCAUUAAUAGUUGACCCUUGUAAAGGACGACGGCAAUGAUUCUUCAACUGAACUGUAUUUGAGAAUACUUCAUUCUUGCUUCACCGAAUAAUUAUCUUCUAAAGUUCAAUAAUUUUUGUUACAAUUAUGUAUACAAUGUCAUUUUAUCUAUUCAAAAUCUUCUGCCAUUGAUUGCGACAAGUGAGUUUCAUCAUGUAGUCAACCAUUUUAUACGGUAGCUAGUCCACAUCAGUCCACAUCGAAUCAUUGAAUAGUGGAAUAACUUGAAGUAAAAGGAAAAGUUUAAUAAUUGAACAUUGUGACAAACUUUUGUUAUUGCGAUGCAAGAACAUAGACAAUUCCUUUCUAAAGUGAUUGUAUUUGUUAUUUUUUAUUACAGGAGGAUAUGCUGUGUCAUUUGAAUUUUGAAUUAUGUGUGUCAUACAGUUGAGCAUGUUCAUCAGGAUCUUGAUCUCAUUUAAUGGUCUUGUGUUGUCUUAUUUCAUAAUGUGAAUACAGAAGUAUUUUGGCCAUGAAAUUUACCUGAAUGACCAUUUUACAAAGAGGAUCCAUAUUAAUAUUGACAAUCACUAACCAAGACAAAUAUUAUAUAUGAAGACGCAAACAACUGCCAAACCAGUAUUUUAAUGGAGCCAUGAGGUGAUGUCAGAGAAAUGCAUGCAUAAGUUCCUUUAAAGUGCCAGUAAACGUGACAAAUUGUAUUAUGUUCAUAUAUGUUGGUCAAUUAUCAUCUUAAUCCCCCAUCAAGAUAGCUUUAUUAACAUUUCAUGUAGUUCAGCUGAUGCUAGGUAACUGCACUUUAUCCUCAUUAAUAUGCAUUAAACUUAGAUGUCACACACAAACAUGACACACAGAAACUGUAAAACACUAAAACAUGUUGCCACUGAUCUUACCAACAGCAGUGAAUCCAUGAACAGGGCAAAACAUGGGUAAGCCUUAAGUAGCCUUUUCCCCAGAUUAGAGCUGUACCAGCAAAUUUAUUUUCAUCCAGCCAAUGUAGUGCUAAUUGUAUAAGUACCUACAUUUGUAGCUAAUGCAAGCUAGCGUUACCUUCUUAUGUAGCAGGUAAUAGCAACAACUUUAGCUAGCACUUAGCAACUUCAGUGUACAAUACUAGUUAGUCAGCUAUGCAAAAAGACAAAAAAAGAAACUGAACUUGCUUUGAGAUUUGCACAAACUGCUUAAAUGUAUAAUGCGGCUCUAAUGACUGGCGGGUCCUGUUGCAGAGUUAGUUUAACAGACAGAGCUACCUGUCAAACAGCUUGGAACACAGUCUGGCGGUAUAUUUAUAUAACUGUCUGGGGAGAAAUGGUCGCUGUGCACCCGGCUCCUCAUUUAAAUGUUUUUUUGCAUGCUUGCCAUGGCUCUCUGCAAAUGUAAUCCGUUAGGAUUUCCGUUACGUUUUUGAGGAAAUGUAUUAAUGAUAAAGUAUAUUGUAAUAAGCUUUGGGACAAAUCUGACUACGACGGUAUGGAAGAUGUCAACGGAAAGUGCGGCAUGAUGCAGAAAGAGGUCAUUUGCAUUUAGAUUUUGGGUGGAAAAUUCAGUGACGAAAAUCAAUAUUUAUUUACCUUUAUUUGAACCCUGUGAAACACUUUUGUUGACUACAAGAAAUGUAGAUUUAAUUCCAUUAGCUACAAUAGCCUGUGUUCUAUCAAGGUCAUUUAGCAUCCAGAGGCCGGUGCCCUUGGUCAACCCCAAUGAAGACUGCUUUUUCAAUAAGAAUGGCCUUUCGGCAUGUCAACAAACAGAACAGCACGUCUUAAUUUCUUAUUCUGCCUUUGAGAGUCAGUGUAGUUGUUUUGAUAGUAGUGGGUCCUGGUCUAAAACCAGAGUGAAACCUGUUCAAAAUGCAAUUUUCUGCUAAAAAGGUAUGUAACUUUUAAUUUACCAGUGCCUCCUGGAUUUUAACAAGGGAUGACCAUUUAAAGUUAGGACGAUAGUCAAGGCUUCUAGUGUCCUCAACCUUAUCCAGUGGGUU